AUGGACGUGGACUACGAUGAGGAGGUUCCCGAGGAGGGAUCCCGGCCCACUGGUCGACGAAUGAAGGGCAGAGGUGGUGAAGAGGACGAUCGCUAUGCGGGAAAGGCUGGAAAGUUUGAGAGGCUGGAUGACGAUGAUGACGAGACGGGUGCAGCUCGAUCCAUUGAGGGAUGGGUGAUCAUUGUUUCUGGGGUCCAUGAAGAAGCUCAGGAGGAUGACAUUUUCGAAGCCUUUUCAGAAUACGGCGACAUCAAGAACUUGCACCUCAACCUUGACCGCCGUACCGGCUUCGUGAAGGGCUACGCAUUUAUCGAGUACGAGAACAAGCAGGAGGCGUUCGGAGUUGCCUUGGCUUUGAGCUGA